GCUUAAUCUAUUGGACGUAUAUGCAAACUUACGAGCGUAUUUGAAACAGUUUGGUACUGCUGGCUACAGUAAACCUUCAACAAUCAAAUGAGUUCUGUCGUUAGAAGAGCUUCUCAUGCUGGUAGUUGGUAUUCUUCAGACCGUACUAAGCUUAACAACCAGUUGCAGAAAUGGUUGUCUGAAGUAACUGUUGAUCGACAACCAGCCCGUGCUAUCAUUUCACCACAUGCGGGUUAUGACUAUUCGGGGCCUUGUGCUGCUUUUGCGUACAAACAAAUAGACCCUCGUCACAUUAAACGUAUUUUCGUAUUAGGUCCUGCACACUAUAUGAGCCUCAGAGGAAAAUGCGCUCUAUCCACAGCGGAGUUCUUCGAGACUCCAUUGUACUCCUUGUCAAUUGGUAGAGAUGUAUACCGAGACCUCGAAAAAACAGGAGAGUUUGUUAGUCUCGCUUUGGACAAAGACGAAGAAGAGCAUUCCAUAGAAAUGCAAAUGCCAUAUAUAGCAAAAAUGAUGGAAGGGUAACUUCCUGUUAAAUCUUUAUUUAGUCCAUAUUAAUUUUUAAGUAAAUAUAUAACCAAGGCUCAUAAUGAACUGAAUGUAGAAACGAAUUAUUAUUACUAGGAGUUUGAGUCAAAACAUUGGAGACCGGUAAAGCCAAUGUUACCAAGGCAAAUUCUCUGUA